AUGGCACGCUCUGUUGCUCUACUGCUGGUGUUUGCGUUGAUCGUAUCUGCUUUGGCUGCACCAUCUGAACCGAAGGAAGAAGGAAACAACAUAGUAGAUAACCAGAUCGAAGCUCCUCCUUUAAAAGAAAAACUAGAAGGAAAAUAUAAAAGAUUUGUGCCGCUAAUAUACGUCAAUAGUGUACAUCAUGAUAGCAGCUACAAAAUUGGUAAUGGAGGAUCGUACCACGGGAAUGGCGGUCCGGGUAAUGCUGGGAAUGGCGGUACGGGUAAUGCUGGGAAUGGUGGUACUUUUGGUAAAAUUAACGGUCUAGUUCCAUCGCUCUUGCACCAUAACCUAUUUUGGAAGUAGAAGAUAAUAUUACUAAUAUUAUAAAUGCGAAAGUAAGUGUG